UAAUUUUUUUCAGACCUGACAGAGCUUUCAAUCUAAAAUCCAGACAUACCUAAAUAUUAAAUAAAUAAUUAAUAAUAAUAAAAAAAUCCAUAAUGGGUACCUCUUUUCUCUUCUGAGGAACUGGUGAAUUUUUCUGCAAAGGUUCUGUUAAGCUGUGAUGUUUAACACUUGAUUACAUGUAGCAGAACAGGAUACAUGGAGUAUUGCUAACUCAGCAGGUACAAAGGAUUUGGGUUUUGCAAUGGAACAAAUAUGGCUCCUGCUUUUGCUGUCUGGAAAAUUGCUGUCAGUGACUGCACAAUUCAAUGGAUAUAACUGUGAUGCUAUCUUACAUAGCAGGUUUCCUGCAGAACAAGAUAUCAACGUCUACUGUGGAGUUCAGGCAAUUACUAUGAAGAUUAAUUUUUGCACUGUCCUGUUUUCUGGUUACUCUGAAACUGAUUUAGCACUAAAUGGGAAACACGGGGACUCUCACUGCAGGGGAUUUAUAAACAACAACACAUUUCCAGCAGUGGUAAUUUUCAUAAUCAAUCUCAGCACUCUGGAAUCCUGUGGAAGUUCUUUAAUGGUAACCUCAGUUGCAGGUAUCAAUGUAUAUGGCAAUGCAUCCACAGUCCAAAUAGGUAAUAUUUCAGGAUAUAUAGAUACCCCAGAUCCACCAACAAUUAUCAGCUAUUUACCAGGACUUCUGUAUAAAUUUAGCUGUAGCUAUCCUUUGGAAUACCUAGUCAACAAUACACAACUUGCUUCGUCAUCAGCUGCAAUUUCUGUAAGAGAGAACAAUGGUACAUUUAUAAGCACUUUGAAUCUGCUCCUUUACAAUGACUCUACCUACAGCCAACAGCUGAUUAUACCUAAUACAGGACUACCUUUGAAAACAAAAGUUUUUGCAGCUGUAAGAGCAACAAACUUAGAUGGAAGAUGGAAUGUUUUGAUGGAUUACUGCUACACUACUCCAUCUGGAAAUCCAAAUGACAAUUUGCGAUAUGAUCUCUUCUUUAGUUGUGACAAAGACCCUCAGACAACUAUAAUUGAAAAUGGGAAGAGUCAGAUGGGCCGAUUUUCUUUUGAGGUGUUCCGCUUUGUGAAACAUAAGAACCAGAAAAUGUCUGCGGUUUUUCUACACUGUGUGACAAAGUUGUGCAGAGCGGAUGACUGCCCCUUUCUUGUUCCAACCUGCAGUAAUAGAAAAAAAAGAGAUGUGGUGAAGCGAACCACUUGGAUCUCUCAGAGCAUUUCUGGAAGUGCAGUAAUAUCUGCUGGCCCCAUAAUUACGAGAACUGAGGAAAUCCCAACCAACAAUUCACAGCUUGGAAGCUCAAAUGGAUUCUCUUUCCAGCUGAAUUCAGUCACCAGUGCAUUGAUUUCAGGAAUAGUAAUUCUAGGAAUUAUCAGCACCAUUUCUUGUGUACUGUCCUUCCUUCUUUUCUACAGAAAAGGGCAUAGCAGUAACUUUAUUUUGAGUGGUCUAAGAAAUCCAGUUUUCAACUAGAAGGAACAAAUAAUUUGAACAUUCUCCAAUUGCCAUAAAAUGUAUUUGCCUUGAAGUGUCACCAAGGUAUCACUUUAUUGUUAUCAGAUUCCAGUUAUUCUUUCUAGUAAUGUUAGGAUUUUAUAUAAAUAAAAAGUAAUAGAAUUAACAUUGUAGCUGUUUUCUGUCAUUGAUGUACCAUGUAUGUGAAAUAAUAGGUAUUUUGAUGUUUUGCCAAUGGGAUAAUUGAUAAUAGAAACUGAAUCAUAAAGGUUAAACAAAGCAAAAUCCUUGUCUAAAUCUAUACAUCUAUAUAAACCAGAAUGCUAUGAAACUUUCAUAUUUCAAUUAUCCUUUUCAAAAAAGACAGUUUCUGUACUUACUUUCUACAAGAUUAUACACUGUAUGUCAAAACUUUCUAUUCAUAUCUCUAGAGGCAUAUAUUUUUGAUUUUUAUAUAUUUAUAGACAUAUAAUUUUGAAUUCAUAUUGGGCAACACAAAACACUAGAGAAUACCCAAAAGAAAAAGUGGUUAUGAUUAUAAUAGUUUGGAAAAUGAGAUUGAAUGUUGUAAAGAUAAACUUUUGCUUUGUUUCAUCAUAGCAUCUGUUAUAGAAUAAUGAAUAUUUUGACUCUACCCUGCCUAAACUAAAUACUUUAUAUUG